AUGGCUGAUUUUGACACUUUGACUUACGAUACUGCAGCCUUGGAGAACUUCAUCCAUGGAAGGAUCAACAUUACUGACAUUGACGACAAGAUCAUCUUGCGAGCAAGGCAGAACAAGCUGUUCAGCCUCUUCAGCGAGGCACUGCCACUCUACAUGCAGUGUAAAUGUCUGGUCAGCAGUCCAAAGGUUGCGACAUACCCAGCCACCUCGGGAUUCCAAGGAUUUCUCAAGCACCAGCUGCUGCAAUUCUUUGAUUUGCACAACGGACCACUGCGACACCUGCAGGAAGCUGCCAGCCUGUCCUUGCCUGACCUUAGCAAACAUGUGAACGAGGCACUGACAAAGAAAGCGGCAAAGUUGAAGGCAAAAGCGCCAGAAAAGCCAAAGGAUGGAAAUUCAAGAGCUCAACAGGAGUACGAGACUUUGGUUGAUGAGCACAACCUGAAAUUGAAGCAACACUCCGAGUUGACGGAAAACGUCCAGGAGGCCAUCAAAAGUGGUAGCAAAGAACGCAUCCUCAGCGCAGCUAGAGAAGUGCUGAUGGAUGCUCUGGACAAGGAACGAGGCCACACCAUCACAGAUCAUUCCAUUUUUGACGAUCAUGGAAGGCGCUUUGAGAAGGAGUACUUUGAGGACAUGAAAGCUCUUGGUAUCCUCGAGCCUGAUGUUGUGACACGAAUCACUGAGUACAUGGAUGGAAGAGUUCAAAAGUUUAUUGAGAAACUGGAGGAGAUGGGCGUUGCGUACGAAUCUUCAGGGAGUGUGUAUUUUGACAUCGCCGCAUUUCAGAAAUUAGGCUAUCACUACAGGAAGUUGGUGCCAGACCUCCAUGCCACUGCGAAGGAAAUGGAAGAAGGUGAAGGGGCUUUGGCUGCGGAUGAUGAGAAGCGAAGUCCGAACGACUUCGCACUCUGGAAGAAGUCCAAGCCUGGUGAGCCAGCUUGGCCAAGCAAAUGGGGACCAGGUAGACCAGGCUGGCACAUUGAGUGCUCAGUGAUGGCAACCGACAAGAAUGGCGCAUACCUUGAUAUUCAUGCUGGAGGUGAAGAUCUCAAAUUCCCGCAUCAUGACAACGAGAUGGCUCAAUCAGAAGCUUAUCUCCAGCGUUCACAGUGGGUGAACUACUUUUGGCAUGCUGGGCAUUUGCACAUUGAAGGUCUCAAGAUGUCGAAGUCGCUGAAGAAUUUCAUCACGAUCCGGCAGGCUCUCGCGGUGCACAGCGCGAGACAACUGCGUUUGAUGCUCUUGAUGCAGGCAUGGGACAAAGGCAUGAACUACUCGGAUCAGGCCAUCGACAUGGCCAAGGCAGAAGAGCGAAGGAUGAAACACUUCUUGGGAAGUUUGGAGUUCUGGCAGCGCCGUGGAGGGCGACAACCUGGAGGUGAGGAGAAGCUGAUGGAAGCUAUCGAUAGCUCCAAGGACAAGAUUCACAAGGCGAUCCUUGACAACUUUGCGACGCCCAAGGUGGUGGAGGCCAUUUCGAAGCUCGUGCUGGAGGCUAAGGCCACCAUGGACUCCCCGACAGAUUCCUUGGAACCAGUUCUGAAGGCAGCUCACUUGAUCGAGUCUACCAUGUCUAUGCUCGGCGUCGAAGGCUUGCGCAUCACGCGAGAGCCCAAGGAAGCUUGGACAGAAGCAGUAGACACUGUGGCAGACCUGCGGCAGCAGGUGAGAGAAGUAGCUAGAGAGAAAGAUGCCAGCAAACGGCAACAGCUUGUGAAGGAAGCUGUGGCGAAGGUAGCAGGCUCUUCUGCCAAAGCGCAGUCGGCAGGCCUGAAGGACCUUGCCAAUGCGAUGGAUAGUUUCGAGAAGGAUCUUGUUGGUUUAGCAGAGUCCAACAGCAGCAUGGGACAACUGCUCGAACGUUGCGACCGUGUGCGUGAUGUGGACAUGGUUCAGCUCGGGGUUCGACUCGAGGACCGAGGAACUGGUGGCUAUAUCUGGAUGUUUGACGACAGAGAGGCAAUGGAGGUUGAACAGAAAGAGGCGGAAGAAAAGGCCAAGGCAGCAGUCCGUCAGAAGGUCCAAAACAAGCUAAAUCAGAAGGUGAAAGAACUCGAAUUGGCGGAGAAAGCCGCCAUCCCUCCGAAAGACCUCUUCCAGAAUGGUUCGAACAAAGGUGUCUAUGGUGAGUUCGAUGCGGAGGGUAUCCCCACCAAACUCGCAAACUCUGAAGAGCUGAGCGCAAAGAAGCGCAAAGACUUGGUGAAGGAAAUGGCAAAGCAACACAAAGACUUUGAGAAGCUUCAAAAGCAGGCAGGUGAUACUGGAAUUGAAGCAUUUCUGGCAAAGAUGCGAAGUGAAGUCGCAGAGCUAGAGAAGCAGCUGCAGUGA